AUGGAUGUUGGUGGUAACGCGGCGGUCGGGUUGCGGAGUUACUCGGCAGCAGGUGGUAAUUUUUGGCUGAUUUCUGUAAAGGAGACUUUGGUGGCCUCCAAAUUUAAGAGUCCAUUCAAAAGGGGAAGUGCUGUGGAUGGUGAUGGAGUAGUGAAGCCGAUAUUGAGACGAGAUUCUGCGUAUGCGGAUGAGUCGGACUUGCCUUAUAUUGUCCCGAAGGAUGGUUCGACGAAAAAAAGGAGAAGUGGUUCUCUUGGCGGAGUCACAGAGAGCAAAGCUAAGCGAAGAACUAGAAAUGACUGCUCUCGUUCGGUCUGCAUAUUCGAAGCGUUUCGGUUGUCGGAGAAGCGACAGGACGUAUUGCAAACGGUGCGACAGUUCCAUCUGGCCGGACGAAUCGGUGCUGAGAUCUUCGAUUGGAGACGCGGAGUUGAUCAAACGGCGAAGCCGGGUAAUUUAUUCCGUACUAAAUCGUGCGAGAAGAUUAUAGAUUCUGUGGACCACAGCAACCAUGAGGCUAAUGUGGUGGCCGUCGUGUCUGGUGUGAUAUCCCUUCUGGGUUUUAGCAUUCUCCUCGUUGCGUUGUUGCGAUCACCGCGAUAUCAGCCGGCAGCACUUCCUGAGACCCGUGUGAGCGAUACGGGGAAGGUGCAGAGGAGGCACAAACUCGACUGA